AUGUUACCUCAUACGAUAAUACUGGAACCUCUGCAAGACUGCUUCCUUUCCGGUGUUCUUGGUUGUUGCGCUCUUCUGAUUCUCUUUUCGUCCACACCACUCCUGGUCAUCUAUUACUUCAUCUUCCAUCUGAAUGGGCCGCUGCCUUUUUCGUUUGCGCAGUUCCUGUUUGUUUGGCUGUAUCGUGAGGGAUCAGCAUUUCCGACGUGGUGCCGUGCCGUACUCAAUCCAAAUAUCAAAUGGCGAUCCGGUAACUUUCGGUUACGUUGGGGUGGACGAAUUGUUCAGCCAACGCUUCUGCCGAGAAAAGCGAACUGUAGCUGA